AUCUUUUCUUUCUUUCUCUCUCUUUCUCUCUCUAUUUUUUUCUUGUAUUACAUAUGCUUAUUUUAAGGCACAACUCUUUGUCAUCUGAAGAUCUCUUUGUGAUUGAAUGUUUGAUGAUCAAAGUUUCUGAUCCCAAAUAUGAAGUCAAAGAUCUUGCACAUUUUGGUGUUCUCAACAAGUCUCGCGCCGAGCUAUAUGGCUAUAUUCUUGGAUUUGUUGAGAGACUUGGCCUAUGCGAGUCGAUUGGCGUUACACCAUCCGAGUUUCUUGAUUUUUUAGUUGAUGUAGAUCAUGGCUAUUUGCCAAAUGCAUACCACUCGUUCUACCACGCUGUGGAUGUAGCCAUUGUUCUUUAUCAUAUGGUUAUUUCGUACGAUGUAGCCAGAUAUAUUUCUCGCAUUGACAUUGCCGCAUUGCUGAUUGCAGGCUUGUGUCAUGACAUUGGCCAUCCGGGAAAAAACAACAAUUUCCAAGUCAAUCUCAAGACAGAUUUGGCUAUUCGUUACAGCAACAAGUCUGUAUUAGAAAGCUAUUCUUGUACAAUCACGAUGGAUUUGCUGACAAAGCAUAAACUACUCAAACGUAUGGAAAGUGCCAGUACUGCAUUUGGUUUACCUACUUCAGAACCAGAAAUGAGAACAAGUAUUAUCAAAAUGAUCUUGGCAACAGAUAUGAUAUUUCACUAUGAAUUACAAGAGAAUCUGGCUAAUUUGUUAGAGAUCAUCACAGAAGUGGGACAAGAAGAGGUGAUGCAGAUGCGUUCAUCAUUACACAAGCCUAGCUUACCUUCUACUACUGAAGAAGAAGAAGAAGAAUACGAAGAAUACGACCAUGGCUGCGACCACGACCACGAACACAACCACAAUACGCCCAAAAUUACAAAAAGUGAUUCAACAAUAUCAACCACAAUUACACAUGAAGACGAUAUUCAAGUCAAAGAUAUUUUCUCUUCUCAGGGAGCAAAGAGUGCUAUUGCGUAUUUUAGGAAAAAAUCUUAUUUCGAAGAAGAUACUAUUCCACUCUCACUGAAAACAAUGCCUAUAUUGCCAGCGAGUCCUGAAGAAGACGAAGAUGAUGAGGACGAGGAGGUCGAUAGUUCACUAAAGCGGCUCAAGAAAACAACAUUGGAUGGCCAAAACAAUCAUCACUCAUCAGGUGUGGAUCUUAUGACAAGUACGAUACAAAAAGAUGGAGUCGAAAGAACUGUAUAUACACCACCCAACUAUAUUAUGGAACCACAACAACGGCUUAUUCUCUGUCAAAUCAUACUUCAUGCUGCUGAUAUCAGCAAUGCACUUCGCCCUUGGCCCAUUUGCCUUGCAUGGUCAAAUCUUGUAUGCGAGGAGUUCUUUCGACAAGGAGAAGCUGAACAAGAGCACGGACUACCGGUUUCGCCUAAUAUGGAUCGAAGUCAGGUGAGCCAGACAACCAUUGGUUUACAGUUUGGUGAUUUUGUCGUCAGUCCUUAUUUUGAAAUCUUUGCUGCCUUGUUCCCUAAAGCAGAUGAACUGGUAAAAACAUUGGCCGAGAAUCGUAAACAAUGGAUCAAGUUGGAAGAAGAAGUGAAAGAUAACAAGGAAAAGGAAGAAAAAGAAGGUAACCAACGCUUACCUUCAAGUAUGUUACCCGACAGACCUAUUUUGAAUCCUUCAGGCAGAAGAGUCAGUGUGGCUGCUGGUAUGGUAGUUAUUCCAGACGAAUUAGAAGAACGCACCAUUGGUUCAGGUAAACACAAGCGCAAAUAUUGGGGCGUACGCAGUGUUAGCCAUAGUGAUAUUUCACUGAAUGAUCAACGGGAUCGAUCUGAAGUAAUUCGUCGAAGAAAGAGUGAAGAACCGAAUUUUAUUAUGUCACGUAGACUUAAGAUGUCCCCAAUGUCUCCAAGAAGAUCCGCUCGAGAAAAGAAGUCCAAGACAUUACCGGCUAUUGGUCAAGAGCAAUAACAGCACAAUCUUUAGAUCCCCAAUUUAUAUAUGUAUUUUUCCACACUUAAAAUAAAUUAUUUAUAUAGUAAAUCGCAAGACAUUACGUCAAAACAAAA